UGAACGCUGACACCACGGCGCCGCGGCCCAGGGCGGGGAGGGGGCUGAGGUUGCCCGAGUUACGGGAGGAAGUUUGGGCUGAGGCGCCCGAGCGAGGCCGGCCGCGGAGCUCGGGGAGUGGGGCCGCCCCAGCCGGCCAGGCCCUGAUAUGUUCUAAAUUCCCGAACACAUGCAGCAUAAAACAUGGGAAAGAAGAAGAAAAAAGAGAAUCAGGUUGGGCAGUUUAAAGAAGCUAGAUCAUCUUUCCCAGAAGCUUUGCUGGCAUUUCAAAUUCAGAUAAAAGAAGAGGAAAUUAAUCAGCUUCUAUUUGAACUAAAGCAACUGAAAGAAAAGAACAAAAAAUAUCAUGAAAGAAAUGACUAUCUGAAGGAAGAACAGCUGGGACACAUCCGCAGUCUGCUAAGCAACUUGAAAACACAGGACAAAGAACUAGAGCAAAAGGAGGUUGUAACCAGGGAUGAUGUAGAGGCAGCAAUGAGGGAGAAAUGGCAGUAUUUUAGGGACCAAGAAGUGCUUCUGAAAGAGCUACACUCCAAGAUAAAUGAAGCUGACCAUAAAUUACUGGUAAAACAGGCUGAGAAGGAUUACUGGUUAGAGUACAAAAAUGUGGGAAGUGGAGAACAUGCCAGACAGAUCAAGCUCCUAGAAAAUGAUAUCCACGGACUCAAAGAUGACCUUGUGCAAAUGACAGAAUAUUAUAGACAUACUCUGGAAACGACAAAAGAAAAAAUGGACAGAUUGGUUGAGAAACAAAUGAACGAAAAGAAGGAAUGGGCUACUGAGAAUGCCGUAAAGCACAUUGACAAAACCAGUCACAGGGAGAUUGAAGAAAACGAAUGGCUGAAGGAAGAGGUUGAAAUAUACCGAAAGGAAGUAAGUGACUUGGAAGCAUCUGCUCAGCUACUAGAAGAAGAAAAUAUAUAUAUGAUUAGGAGCCUGUUUAACUGCAGACUUCAAAAUCUUAAAAUAUCAGGGCAUUUAUUUCUUACCCAGGGAGCUGGCCUGCAAGUUCAAGGAGAGGAAUUGCUUAGUGAGGACUUGGAAGGACUACAGUGUAGAGAUUAUGCAGCAAAGACAGAUGCUGGAGAUGAACGCACCAAGAGCACAGCACCCCUAGCCAUAGAGAAGGAAGUGUUUUCAGAUACUCAGUCUGAGGCAGAGGCCGAGAAGCAGGAAGACAGCUAUGAGGAUCUGCGGGGAGAGCCAAUGGCUUCUGCUCUCAACUACCUAUUGUAUGAAGAUGAAAAAGAUAUCCAGGAAUACUCAAAACUGGGUCCCCUGGGGACGAAACUGAUGAGUGCAGUGGGAAGAGCCAUGCCUAUUCAUGAAGAAUUGAGAGAAAUGUCAAGCAAAUGCCAGUUUGAAGAGAGUUUUGAUACCUAUAAAUCAGAGGGCCACAUCACAUACCGCAUGAUCAAAUCUGUAUUUACUUAGGAACAAAAGGUCCCGGUUGGUUAAAAAUAGUCUAAUUUAUGUUGCUCGUUUAGAAAUGUAAUUUGAAGUUCAUUAAAUCUUUGAUCUGUUUUCCAGGUAA